AUGUAAAGAAAAAAUAUUUCUUUAUAAUUAAAUCCAAAUGAAGUUUAUUAAUUACCACUAAGGAAAUUGUCUUUAUUGGAACUACUUUAAAAUAAAUUGAUUAAAAAUAAAUAACUUAGAUCUAUUGAAUAAGAUCAAUCAGAAUAAAUAAUUACAAAGAAAUAAUUAAAAGCUCCAUUAAGAAAUAAAAGUUGCGAAUGUUCGUGUUGUGGAUUAUGGUAAAUAAAAUUAAUAGACAAAGAAUAAAUAAAUCAAAUUAAUCAGUAAGUAGAGAUAAAGAGAAAAAAGAGAUUAAGAAAAAUAUUUGUAAAUAGUGUAAAAAUGAUCAUUUAAGUUAAUCGUUUUUCUUAAUGUGGAUUAGAAUACUUUGUAAAUAGAUUAAAAAGGAAAAUGUAAAGAGUUAAAUCAUUACAUAAAAUUGAAAAUAAGUAAAUCUUAUUCAUUAAAUGUAAUACUUAUUUUAUCUUAGCUCAUUAUCAUAUUGAUUUGGGAAAUAUGAUAAUUGAUCAAUCUCCUUAAAAUAAUACUAAUGAAACUUAGAAAACAAAAUAAAAAUCAAAGAAAAUUCAUUUAAGAUUAAAUAAAAGAAUAGAAAAUAAAUGGUAGAAUAAUAAAUAAAGUGAUCAUUUUGAUUUAUCAAAGUACACUAUUAGAAGUAGAUCAAAUAAUACCAUUAAUUAAUAUAUCUAAUAAAAAUUGACUCAUAUUAAUUACUUACCUCCAAUAUCUCUACCUUAAACAGCUAGAUCUAAUAUAAGUGAGAAUAAAUAAUUAGGUUAAUUAUCACCUUAUAGUCGAUUCUCUUAACCAAUAAGAUUUAUUGCGAGAUCAGUUUCAACAAAUAAAAGAAGAUAAUGA